CCACACAAACCCAAGAUGAGGGUUUUGGACACUGUAGUUGCUCUCCUUCUUUGUGGACUGCUGUCUGCAGAUGCCAUCGAUGAAAACGAUGCCCUGCUUUCUGAAGAUGACAUCUGUCCAAGACCUCCUCCUGUGGCGAAUGGCUAUGUAGAGCACGUGGUCCGCUAUAAGUGUGACAAGUACUACAGACUGAAGAGUGAUGGAGAUGGGCUCUACACCUUAAAUGAAGAGAAACAGUGGACUAAUAAGGAUGUCGGUGAAAAACUACCCGAAUGUGAAGCAGUAUGUGGAAAACCUGCAAAUCCAGUCAACCCAGUACAGCGGAUCAUAGGAGGCGCAAUAGAUGCCAAAGGCAGCUUUCCCUGGCAGGGUCGCAUGGUUUCCUGGAAAAAUCUCUCCAGUGGAGCUACUUUGAUUAGUGACCAAUGGUUGCUGACCACAGCUAAAAACGUCUUCCUGAGUCAUGAUGAAAAUGCCACUCUUGAAGACAUCGUCCCUACCUUAAAGCUUUUCUUGGGGAAGAAGCUUGUGGACAUCGAUCGUGUGAUUUUACAUCCCAACCGCUCUACAGUGGACAUUGGACUUAUCAAACUUAAAAGUAAAGUACUGGUUGACGAGAAGGUGAUGCCCAUUUGCUUGCCCCAGAAGGACUAUGUAGAAGUGGGACGCGUAGGCUAUGUGUCUGGUUGGGGAAGAAAUAACAACUUCGUCUUCACUGAACGUCGUUUGAAGUAUGUCAUGCUGCCUGUGGCUGACAAUGACAAAUGUGUGGAACACUAUGAAGGCAGCACAGACCCAGAAAAGAAGAAAGCAAAGAGUCCAGUUGGUGUCCAACCCAUAUUGAACCAACAUACAUUCUGCGCUGGUAUGACCAAAUUCCAAGAAGAUACGUGCUAUGGUGAUGCUGGGAGUGCCUUUGCUAUACAUGACGAGGAUAAUGACACUUGGUAUGCGGCAGGCAUUCUGACCUUUGACAAGAGUUGUUCAGUGGCUGAAUAUGGCGUUUACACAAAAGUACCUUCCAUCCUGGACUGGAUCCAAGAGACAAUAGCCACCAACUAAAAAAGGAGGCAGGCUGAAACUUUUUUUCUGUUUAGAACCAAUGUGAGGCCUGUAAUUUUUACAUGAUGGCAAGAUUUCACAUAAAACGGGGCAAGCUGGAUGUCUAACCUAAAAUAUCUGUAAAUUAGUGGGAGCUCACCCAGCUAAGUAUAAAUAAUAAAGUAUUUUCUUUUGACUACA